AUGUGGUCAGACAAACAAGUCCAAUCUUCGGCGUAUGCCACGUCUCCCGAAGAUGGCAGCGUCGGCGUUGGUUCUCGAGGGGGAACGUCGCAGGACAAGAAGGAUAUGUACCGAGUGGGUAGGGACCAAGAAUUGAAUCGAAACUUUCGCUUUCUGUCAGUUCUAGGAUUCAGUGCUGUGCUCAUGUGCACCUGGGAAGCCAUCCUUUAUGGCGCUUCUUUCGGCCUGACAAAUGGAGGAAAGGGAGGAAUGAUAUACACUUAUAUUGCGGGACUGUUGGGAUUUAGCUUCCCCAUCUUGUCGAUGGCAGAGAUGGCAUCCAUGGCACCGACAUCCGGAGGUCAAUAUCACUGGGUAUCCGAGUUUGCACCCCCCAGUUGUCAAUGCAUCUUGAGCUACUUCACGGGCUGGGUCUGCGUGCUGGGCUGGCACACGGGAAUUGCGGGCUGCUCGUACACAGUGGCCAACAUGAUGGUCGGCAUUGUCGCGAUUAAUUACCCUGAUUCUUACACUUACCAGCCGUGGCAUGUUACUUUGCUUGUCAUUGCCGUGGCCUUGGUAGCCCUGUUCUUCAACACUUUUCUCGCGCAGAAGUUGCCAUUGAUUGAAGGCAUCAUUUUGAUCAUUCACUGCUUUGGCUUUUUUGCCAUCCUUAUUCCGCUAUGGGUUCUUUCGCCAACCACGCCGGCGUCGGAGGUCUUCGGAUCAAUUGAGGAUCGAGGAGGUUGGGGCAAUAACGGACUUGCUUGUUUGGUCGGCCUUACUGGCCCGAUGAUGGCGUUGAUUGGGCCCGAUUCUGCAGUCCAUAUGUCCGAGGAAAUCCGAGAUGCAUCGCGAGUUCUACCCAUGGGUAUGCUUUGGACUUUGAUUAUCAACGGCUCCACUGGUCUCGUCAUGAUCAUCACCUUCGCCUUCUGCGUUGGGGACAUUGACGAGGUUAUGCAAACCAAGACCGGCUUUGAAUUCAUUCAGGUCUUCCUCAACUCGACCGGGUCCGUUCGAGCAGCAACAGGAAUGACGUGUAUCAUCAUGGUGAUGCAGUUCUGUGCGGCGGUCAGCAACGUCGCCACGACAUCUCGACAGGUAUAUGCAUUCGCUCGCGACAAGGGUCUUCCUUUUUCGGAUUUCUUCGCCCAGAUUAAUCCCACCUUCACUGUCCCUCUUAACGCUCUCUUCGCCAGUGGUGUCAUUGUUGCUCUCCUUGCUCUGAUUAACAUCGGUUCCGCCGUCGCCUUCAACGCGAUCAUGUCGCUUGGAACGGCUGCCCUGUUUUCAUCAUACAUGAUCUCCAUCACCUGCGUGCGUAUUCGGCGGUGGCGUGGACAGCCUCUGCCCCCGGCACGAUGGAGCAUGGGCCGGUUCUCGCCGUUCGUGGAUACCGUCUCGGUUCUCGUCUUGGCGAUUAUCUGGGUCUUCACCUUCUUCCCGAUGACGCGAGAAGUCGAUCCUGAGACCAUGAACUGGGGGAUUUUGAUCUACGGCGCCGUCACGAUAUUCUCGAUGGUGUAUUAUUUUGCGUACGCGAAGAAGGUGUACAAAGGGCCUGUUACGAGGGUUAAAGUCAUGGAGUAG